AUGGGCGCCUGCUCUGAUGAUGUCUUUCAGAGUACAGACGAAAGCCUGGCAGAGCUUCAUCAGGAUCGCAAGACGGUGAGCAAAGGACUUCUUCGUACAAUUCAGCAGUCUUCCCUACGCGGCAAUUCUCCUUCGGUUUCCGUUUAUGCUGUAAACUACGGAGAACUCCGUUUUGUUGACUUCCUCAUGUUGCUCAGGCAAGCUGGUGAAGAGGGCUGUUCUUUUCUUCAAGAAUAUACGAAUAACGAUUAG